AUGUAUGAUACUCCUAUUAUGACCGAUGCCGAAGCUUUGAUUUGCAAUUUCAAAACAGAUACACAACAAGAAGCAGAUGGUGUAUUCCUUGGUGAUAAAGACCCUUUACGUAAUUCAUCUACCUAUAAAUGUUAUGCUCCAAAAUACGGUCCUCUUACAUAUACUGAGAAACAACAAGCCCAUCUUGUGGCUCAGGCAUAUUAUAAUAAAUUUCCCGAAUCGGUGGCAAAUGUACAAAUUACCCCUCCUGGAGUUAUAAAAUAUUACAUGGAAAAACGUCUUCCUUACUCUUCUUCUGUACCUUUUACAAACUAUUAUAAAAAACGACUACAGUUAUAUCAAGCUGGCUGGGAUGAAGUGUUUUGUCAUAAUGUAUAUAAAAAAUUUAAAACAGGAGGCUACAAAAUGUUUUUCCAUGGUUUUUUAAAAGCUCAAGUUGUGCCUAAACUUAACCCGUCUAAUAAUAUCGUUACAAAUGCACAUGAAUUUUUACUUGACGACUCUAAGCCAAUUCGUUCUGUUGAGAUGGUACAGAUGCCAUUGAAUCAAAAUAUGCAAAUAUUAUUCGAAAAAGGAGGGUUAUAUUUUGAAGCAGACGCUCAUGAAUUUGAUAGCAGAACAGAUAAAUUCACUGGGAAUGUACAAUUAUUACAACGUAAUCAAAGAGUUAUAUUAAAAGUACCAUCAGAUAUUAUUAAUGAUUGUAAA